UCCAACCAGCAAAAUGGCUGCUCCUCAUCCUCUCUUCACCAUUCCCAUUCCCUCCACAGGCGGAUCCAUCGUCUGCACCAAUCCUUCCUCCUCCACAGCGGAUGCCAAAACCAUCUAUAUCCUCACCUUCAAUUCCCCCAAGGACAACCGUCUCACGCCCACCUUCAUCGACGCCCUGCUUCUCGCCCUGGACAUAAUCGAGCAGCGGUACCCCAGGGGCGUCGUCAUAACCACCAGCGGCAUACCCAAAUUCUACAGUAACGGACUGGAUCUCCAGCUUGCCCAGAAAACCGAUGGAUUUCUCGACAAGUGGCUGUGGAAGUUGUUCCGGCGGUUCUUAACAUUCCCCAUGCCGACAAUCAGCCUCAUAAACGGCCACGCCUUCGCCGCGGGCAUCAUGCUCGCCAUGUACCACGACUACCGCAUCCAGAACCCCUCGCGCGGCUUCGUCUGCGUCAACGAGCUAGACUUCGGCGUCCCGCUGCAGUCGCCCAUGACGUGCAUCUUCCGCGAGAAGCUCAGCGCCGCUACCUUCCGCGACGUCGUGCUCGGCGCGAAACGGUUCGGGGGUCCCGAAGCGCUGGGCGCGGGGAUCGUCGACGCUCUCGGCGGGAUGGACGAAACCCUGGGGUUUCUUCGGGCGCGCGAGCUGCAGCAGAAGGCCGCCACGGGCAUCUACGGCAUCAUGAAGGAGGAGAUGUACAAGCAUUCCCUGGCGAUUCUGGACGACCAUGCGGGGAAUUUACGGUGGAGGGGUAUGCUGGAGGAGCAGAAGGCUGGGUUGGAUGCAGCUUCUGUGAGGGCUGUAGAGGAGUGGGAGGAGAAGGAGAAGGAGAAGAAGGGAAAGGCGAAGCUUUGAUUCUUAUACUCUAUCUUUUUUUUUUCUUUUUUGAGUACUUUAUAUAUAUAUAUUAUAUUAUAUUAUAUAAUAAUAUACAUUAGCAUGGA